UAUUUUCUUUCCCACGGUCUUCCAUCCUCUUCAUCCAGACUUCGGAACCCGACUCUGUACUCAAUCUGCACCACAAAUGGCGUCCAGGAUCGCGGUCAAUGCGCUCAAGGCUUCUGCUCGGCCACGCGCCAUCCCUAACUUUGCACGGGUUGUCAAUGCGCGCGCAAUGAGCUCGAAUCCCCCACCUGAGCAACGCGCUGCGGAAAUUAUUAAUACCCUCCCUUCCUCGCCGAGUCUAAUUACCAAGACUGGUUCUGCAAUCCUCGGUACCGGUCUUGUUGCAACUGCUAUCUCCCAGGAGCUCUACGUUGUGAACGAAGAGACCGUAGUUGCUGCCGGCACUUUCAUUCUUCUUGCCUACAUCGCCAAGCUUGUUCGGGAACCAUACCGUGACUGGGCAAAUGGUCACAUUGAACGCAUUAAGAACGUUUUAGAAAGCUCGCGAACGGAACACACUCAGGCAGUGAAGGACCGCAUCAACUCCGUUGAGCAAAUGAAGGAUGUUGUUUCAUUGACCCAGGGUCUCUUUGCUCUCUCGAAGGAGACCGCUCAGCUGGAGGCAAACGCAUUCGUCCAGAAACAGAAGGUCGUUCUUGCUUCUGAGGUGAAAGCUGUUCUCGACAGCUGGGUUCGUUAUGAGCAGCAGCAGAAAGAGAGCGAACAGCUUGAGCUUGCCAAGAGCGUAAUUGCCAAGAUGCAAAAAGACAUCUUGACCAGUGCAAUCGCAGAGGUUGAGCAGCUCGUGAAAAGCAAGGCAAUCUAGAUGAAUAACUGGUCACGGACGGUUGAUUGCGGCUAAGCAGAUCAUGAUAGAGUAGCGUAGUUUUUUAUAUAGCUAACUUCUAUCAUCCCACGAGUACAAUGUCAUAUGUGCGGCCACUUCAGAA